UUUGAAUCAGCCUUCUCUCCCCCCCAUCUCUUCCGUUGCUGUUUCAUUCGUUUUCUGAGUCUGCUGACGCCAACCUGCGAUCUGUCAGCUAGAUUCGCUAGCUCGGACCCCAGAGUAUAAAAACAAUAGCAACUCUUCGAGACACAUAUACUGGGGAUCCCUGUUUGGACCGACCGCGGCCAAUAUCCUGUCCAUGGCGGUAAAGUGGCCCCAUCCUCCACUUGCGAUCCCUCCUGUUUCCCCUGAUUCUAACCCUGAUCUCGAUCCCGGCCCUGGUCCUGAGCCUACCGCGCCGCCACCUCCCAGGAUCCCACCUCGGCCAUACUCAGCCGAGUUCAACAUUUCCACAGAUCGAUUCAUCGCCCUAUCCUCGCCCAUGCUGCAGUCUACGGGAAGUGCCAGGCAAAGUGCAGCCCCUGUGUCUGAGAGGCGUGAAUCAGCACCGUCUCCCUCUCACUCCUCAUUUUUUUCACCACUGUCGUCGCCAGUAGCCGGCAUCAAUAAAACUGAACAACCAAGACAACGACCUCGCUCCAAUUCACAUAUCCAGCUACCUCUGUACUCUCCUGCGUCGCAGCACAGACCACUCCCAGCCUUGCCUGUAACAAAAAGAGCAGUUACACCCACCGAAGAUGGUAUCAAGGUACCCGUAGAUGAUGAUAGAUCGUACAACUCAGUACCUUCUCCACGCAACUUGAACGCCAAUCGUCUGCAUCCGAACAACUUUCCUCAUCCUCAUUCGCCUCAGUUUAUACCCAAGGAUCUUACUCGCAACUCAUAUCAGCACCGGAAUUCGAUCGACAGUGUGCCCGGGUCUGCGAUGGCCAGUGUGCAUCCUCUAGAAUAUCAAUCAAGCAUGAGCAGCAGCGGUAGUAGCACCAGCAAUUCCCGGUAUUUGGCAUAUUUACGACAGCCUAUGAACCUCCGUGGCGAAAGCAAUACAUUCAUCCCUGCACAGACGCAGGAACUUUUGCAUCGUUAUGAUGACGGUCCAGGUCAUAGUCCGGGUCAACUCUCAAGAGAAGGAGGCCAGCAGCUGCAGUAUGAACAAGCAAAUGCCUCCGCAAGUGGCAGCAGGGUCUCAAAUGAGCGCUCCCUGCAUCAUUACCCCCUCAAUCAUAUGCAGGAUGGCGCUGUCCAAUCCUCCAAACAGCGACCAACUGGUCCAUCGACUUCAUCCUUUACGGGAUCGCAGCAAUCCAGCGUACGAUUGCCUAAUCGCAACAUGUCCUUGUCUUCAUCCCUUUCCUCUACCACGGAAUAUAAUUCAGCUGCUUCUUUAUCGUCGUUUUCGUCUCCCUCUCUAUUUCACCAAGAGUACCCUGGACACUCCCAGUCUAAUAACUCUGCCGAUCUACUAUCAUAUUACCCACCGCCUCCAUUAUCUAAUAUCACUACUGUCCAGCCUCACUAUUUCGGGUCCUCAACAGAAAGUCAGUCCGUUUCAGUGGCAACAGAAUCGCCAACUCCAUCAUCGGCAAAACUUCCUACAAACAGCAUGCCAGCUAACAAAUCAAGCACACUACCUCCGAAUCAUAACAACAGGAGGCAUUCCUCUGGGUUACACAAGCUAUCCAUAAAAACACACCAUUUGUAUACGGUCAAGAAGGGGCCCAGCACGGCAGAUGUAGCGGGUCCAGGGAAUAGACAUCUGGAGCCAGAAAAUACAAUCAAGGGCACUGCGCAAAGUCGCCCACGUUUGAAGCAGCCCGCACCUUCUUCUUCCUCUUAUCUGCUCCCUCGCCAGUCUCCCAAUCAUCUGGUAAUUCCACAGGCCCCGCAGCCCCCAUCGGCCUAUUCAACACAGCAGCAUUCAUAUUCGAAUGCUCAGCACCCACUCGAUACUCGUCAACAGCAUCAAGCACAGGUACAGCAUCAGCCGAGUCAUAGCCAGGGGCGACAGCGAAUGCCAUCGACAGUGCGAUCGCCAAGCUCUCCAGGAAUGACCAGUCCUUCCUCGGGUCCCUGGUUAUUUGAGACAAUGCAAGACAGAACGGCCAUGUCGCUCAUGCAGCAGUAUCUGAUACAGCCGGAUGAUCCAGACUCCGAAGUAGAUAUUGCAAUGCAGAUCAUGAUCUCUCAGGCUGCUGUGGACUCUAAGGGCUUUGAAGUCCUUAUUCCCCAGACGGUGGAGAGCAUUAAGCGCGCAAGUUAAUGCAUACUCCCUCUUUUUACUACGCUGUAGCACCAUGCCACGCUCAGCUCCAGAAUCGCAGCGCUCACUGCUCGUCUUUCGCUCGAGUCCAAGAUCCGAGAAGCAGCUCAGUCGCUGCUAAGGCUCCAUGCGGACAACAAGAAGUUGGCACGGCAGGCGAGCGA